CAUGUUCACUCGUUGUUGCCUCCCUGUAUGUACUCUAUUGUUUAUAUAAGGAUCCGAUCUCUUUAUCUGCGGGAUGUUUCACAUCUGCCCCGUCUGCUGAAUGAUCAUUGACAAUGAGAAGUGAUGGGCUCUUUUCCUUGCAUCCAUGAGCGGUGCAUUAUUCUCUCUAAUCUUAUGACUUCGACUUGCGCUCUUCUCACGAAUGCUCCCUCAACCUCAAUUGAUCUUCUCUCGACGACAUCAUUGUGAACACUGCGGAUCAUUUUUUCUGAGCCUCGCCGAAAAUCGACUACAUUGCAUCAGCGCCAUUGCUCGCAGAGAUGGCGACCGAUCUUGGGCUGGCCCUGGAGCACGCGGGUGGGAACGGUCAAAGGAAUGAAGGUGUCACUAUUCAGACAUUUUUGGCUUCGCUCGCAACUGCAGUGAUAGUCUUUGCUGUUGAAUUCUUGCUGUUUUUGCUUCUCAAAGGCAAACUCACUCGUAUCUAUCAACCUAGAACGUAUUUGGUCCCGGACAGAGAGCGCACAAAACCGUCCCCGCCGGGUUUGUUUAGUUGGAUUGGCCCUGUUUUUCGCACCUCUAGUUCCGAAUUCAUCCAGAAAUGUGGCCUGGAUGCCUACUUCUUUCUGCGAUACUUGCGAAUGCUUCUCAAGAUCUUCGUUCCGCUAGGUUGCAUUGUGUUGCCCGUCCUAUUGCCCCUGAACAAAGUGGAUGGGAAAGACCGAAACUUCAAGAAUGCAACUGGGACAGGUGACACAUGGAAUGUCACUGGCCUUGACCAAUUGGCCUGGGGUAAUGUGGCCCCAGAACACGUCCAGCGCUACUGGGCACAUCUAAUUAUGGCUGUCAUCGUUAUUGUCUAUGUGUGCGCCAUAUUCUUCGAUGAGCUGAAAGGGUAUAUCCGCCUUCGGCAAGCCUACCUCACUUCACCACAGCAUCGACUUCGAGCCUCUGCAACAACAGUGCUGGUAACAGCCAUCCCAGACAGCUGGCUGUCUGUUGAGGCUUUGGAGUCACUGUAUGAUUUUCCCCGGGUGAAGCAACGUGAUGCGCUAGCAUUGAAGCUAGAGUCUGCAGAGACGGACUUGAUCAUUAAAUGCAAGAAAGCUCAAUUGAAGCAGGCGAAGGCCGCAGCGAAGAAAUCCGGAUUGAGACCUAAGGAGCAUGCGCUGCAACUAGCUGCAGGCGGCGGUAUCAGCUCAGGUGAUCCGCACCAAGCUCACACAUUGAACCAGAUUUUGCAUCGCGAUGUUCAUGGAAAGCACCGUGCCGACUCUGGAGAGCCUAAAAAGCGCAAGCCCUUCGACCCAGCUGUGGAAGCGGUAGGGAUGGUUGGUCAAAGUGUUGGCAAUUUGGGCAGAUCCGUUCUGGGAACUCUGAAACGGGUGGAGGGCGACAUCGACGGCAACGCUGGGACUACCGCGCCUCUCCAACAUAGAGCUUCGAAUGCCGAAACAAACAGCGCAGAGCUGCCCGAUCCUUGGCGACCAAGCAACGAUAGCAUCACCCCAUCAAUUGGGAAUGGAAAUGCAGCGUCUAUUAAUGAGAAUGGCGCACCAUCCGAUGCUCCUCGUAGCAGAUCGAACUCCAAGCCAAGACGGCCCUUCUGGAAAAGUCGAAUGUCUAGCAACUAUUCCAAAGCGAGCAACAGGACAGAACCGGAUGAGUUUCCACUCACGGCUCCAGAGGACCCGGCCGAAGGAGAAGCUUCAAACGAAGAGAGAUCACACAAUGAUGAAAAGCAAAAAGGCAAGAAGCACAAAGGCCGGGGAAGUGAAGACUAUGGAGAGCCGCUAUGGAAAAAGUACAUCCGGGAAAAGGAUCGUGACACCAUGAGGUUGCCAAUCUUUGGUCUCAGUUGGAUGCCUUCCCUCUGGCUCAUUGGCAAAAAGGUGGACACAAUAGACUAUUGCCGGAAGGAAAUCGCUCGCUUAAAUCUGGAGAUUGAAAUUGAUCAGCAACACCCCGAGAAAUUCCCCCUCAUGAAUUCAGCGUUCAUACAGUUCAACCACCAGGUGGCUGCUCAUAUGGCUUGUCAGGCUGUCAGUCAUCACCUGCCAAAACAAAUGGCCCCUCGCACCGUGGAGAUCUCGCCGGACGAUGUGAUUUGGGACAACAUGUCAAUCAAAUGGUGGGAGCGUUAUCUGAGGACAUUCGGGAUUCUCACGAUCGUCUGCGCUAUGGUGGUUGGCUGGGCGUUCCCCGUCGCGUUUACUGGUUUGCUGUCUCAAUUGUCUUACCUGGAAAAUGCCUUCACAUGGUUAUCUUGGAUCUCCAAGCUGCCAGACUGGCUCAUCUCUGCCAUCCAGGGUAUCUUGCCCCCGCUUUUCUUAGCCAUCUUGAUGGCGCUCCUGCCCCUGAUUCUCCGAUUCCUCUGUCGAGCUCAAGGGUUACACACAGGCAUGGCCAUCGAACUUACCGUUCAGAACUACUUCUUCGCUUUCCUGUUCGUCCAGUUGUUCCUGGUCGUUGCUAUCUCGUCCAGUUUCUCGACGAUCAUCGAUAACGUCACAAACGUUACCAGUUGGCCAGAAUUACUGGCCCAAAACAUCCCCUCCUCGAGCAACUAUUUCUUCUCGUAUAUGAUUCUACAGGCGCUGUCAGUGAGUGCCGGAGCUUUAGUGCAGAUCGUUGGCUUGUUCAGCUGGUUUAUUCUAGCACCCUUACUGGAUAACACAGCAAGAAAGAAAUGGGGUCGCACAACGAACUUGAAUCAGAUGCAAUGGGGAACAUUCUUUCCGGUCUAUACUACUCUCGCAUCGAUCGGUUUGAUCUAUUGUGUGAUAUCCCCUUUGAUCUUGGUCUUCAACAUCAUCACCUUUGGCCUGUUCUGGUUCGUGUACAGAUAUAACACGCUGUACGUCACCAAAUUCCGCUUUGACACUGGCGGGCUACUAUUCCCUCGCGCUAUCAACCAGCUCUUCACGGGCUUAUAUGUCAUGGAACUCAGCUUGAUCGGGCUGUUCUUUUUGGUCCGUGAUGUGGACGGCAACGUUGCCUGCGAAGGGCAAGCAAUAUGCAUGAUUGUGGUUUUGAUUCUCACAAUCGGGUACCAAAUCCUUCUGAACGAAGCCUUCAGCCCGCUGAUCCGUUACUUGCCGAUCACCUUGGAGGAUGAUGCUGCCCACGAGAUCGAACUGAAGAACAUCGAAGCGAAUUCUGGGCGGCGAGCAUCGACUCAGACGGGCACUCUCCACAACAGCCGCCAUCAUUCAUGGGCAGAUCGGUCAUCAAAAACACGGUCUAAAUAUUUUGGAACUCAUUCGAGCGGUUCAGUGCCGACCUUGCAGCGAGUCCGUGAGAAGAUCACGCAUGACGCCGAAGCCCAAGGCCCUCCUACGGGUAAAAUAGGGCACGCAUUGUUUGCCGGUAUUCAUGAUGAAUUGGAGGAUCUCACACCAGAUGAGCGUGAUCAACUGACUCAGCGAGCGUUUCAACAUGACGCUCUACGAGCAAAACGUCCCGUGAUAUGGAUUCCGCGAGACGAUCUGGGAGUAAGCGAUGAUGAGAUUUAUCGAACUCAACGGUUCAGCAAGCACAUCUGGAUCAGUAACGAGUAUCAAGCGCUGGACGGCAAGUGCCGUACCAUUUUCAGCCGCAGUCCACCGGAUUUCUCGGAGAUCGAUCUCAUUCAGUUAUAG